AUGACCCUCCCCACCAACCACACCUUGUUCUCAUUGGUCUUCCUAGUGACGAUUCUAUGUUCCUCUUUGUUCCUCAUCACAAUAGCUUCUGAAUCUAAAGAUGAAGAAUACAUCUACACUAAAGGAGCUAGAAAUGGACCAGAGAAUUGGGGGAGUCUAAAACCAGAGUGGGAAAUUUGUAGAAAUGGAAAAUCUCAAUCUCCAAUUGAUAUUAAAAAUGCAGAGGGGUUUCCUCAACUUGGAAAACUUCAAAAAGAUUACAAAGUAGCUCCUGCUACCUUAAAGAAUAGGGGUCAUGACAUCAUGCUCCAGUGGGAUGGAGAUGCAGGGAAGCUUAACAUAAAUGGAACUUACUACAACUUCGUGCAAAGUCAUUGGCAUACACCUUCAGAGCACACGUUGAGUGGAUCAAAGUUUGACAUGGAAAUGCAUGCAGUCCAUCAAAACUCUAAAGGAGAGAGAGUUGUUAUUGGAAUAUGGUAUACAAUUAGCCAGCCGGAUCCCUUGCUUUCAAAGCUUCUCGACAACAUAAAAUCAAGUGGAGACAACAAGGAUAUAGAUUUGGGAAUACUUAACCCAGGACUCAUCAAGUUUGGAAGCAGAAAGUAUUAUAGAUAUGUUGGUUCUCUGACAACACCCCCAUGCUCUGAAGGUGUUAUUUGGACAAUAGUGAAAAAGGUUAGGACAGUCUCAAGGGAGCAGUUAAAGGCCUUAAAAGAAGUUGUUCAUCAUGGAUUUGAGAACAAUGCAAGGCCAACCCAGGAGCUUAAUGAAAGAAAAGUUUGGUUAUAUACUCCAAAUGUGGUGUGA